AUGACAAUCGAGGAGAAAAACGUGGAGGAAGACAACGACAAUGGAGAACCAAGAGGAGAUUAUAGAUUUAGGCACAGGGCACAUUUAAUACAGAAUACCAUUUCAGCCGACCGAACCCACGAUAGCGAGUUUCAACGCACAGCUCAGAUAUUGCAGGCCAUACAACCCAACAGAGGGCUUAAAGACCAAAACAUAAACCAAACCAAGGUUGCCGAUUCCAAAACACCCAGACUCGAUAAUGAAAAAGCCAAUGAGGAUAAGCUCGGGGAUUAUCAGUUCCAAUUGAUGCUUCUCGAGCAACAGAACAAAGAAAGACUAAGGGUGGCUCUUAUGGAGCAAGAUGCACAAAUCAAUCACCAACAAACGACUGUUCAGAGCCCGGUACUUGAAGACCAUUGGAAUUCUAAUAUUCGGUCUACCAAUCCAGAAGCAGCUUUUGUUCGGCAUCCCGCGUUAAGCAAUUGCUUCCGCUUAAUAUCAACAGUGUUAGAUACGCCAGAGGAAUGCACUGCAAAUCUGCCGGCUUUGAGAGAAAACCUGAAGAGCCUGCAAGCAUGUAUAUCAGACUUCCGCACAACCGGGAUAGUAUACCGCGUGACGGCUCCAAAGAGUUUUACGCGGAUGUAUCUUGAUGAACCACAGUGGAUAGAGGGCGAGAACGCAAAGGGUGAGGCUUUGGCGGGCAAUCUUCCAGUACGAGACAUACAGUCGUAUCUUGAAAGGAACCCGGAGAUUUGCUUCGUUGUAUACAGAGACUUUUCUGUCCCCGUCUCGAGAAAAAAGGAUGUCGAUCAUACUCUAUCCGUACCAAAACAAAACUCGGAGAUGAUAGAGACAACCUCUACGGAUCUGACUACGACUAUUACGAAAUUUAUGUCGUACUAUGAUUUCGGUGCAGACGCCGUGGACGAAAUAGGGAGGACAGAUGUUCCAGAUCACCAUUCUACAGAUGCUGAUGGCUCGACCGAACUGUUAGCUCCAUAUCCCGCCUUUUACCACGCCUCAAGACGAGCCAUGGAUCCAUUCCUCGAGCUACUAAAGUACUCAGAGAAGAAACAGUUCCAGUUAUUACUUGAUUAUGUUAUGUCUCAUUUUGGAAAUGAGUACAAUGACGCCGAGGAAAUAAUUCGAAACGGUAGAAUCACGAAACGAUACUUUCAAUACCUUUUCAAACCUGGUGACGUGAUCGUGCAGAAAGAGACCAAUGAAGCAAGGGGCCUCAUAUGCAGUUCUUGGGUUACUGAAGAACAAGUCAAAGACGGCAAAAGGAAGACGUCGGGAAAGGUAUCGAUGAUACAAUACACUAUAAAAGCUCGCUACUGGACUUUUGAUGGUGUAUUUUCACGCAAGACGACCGAUUUAAAAUGGGAAAUAGAUGACAGCUAUAAUUCGAAGCUGGAAAUCGAUGGCCUGAGCAUCUGCCCUUUAGCUUAUGUGAACGAAAACCUAACAGCUAAGCUGCGACGCAGGGGAGAAUGGAUUUGGAAGUGUCGUACGAAGCAGCUGGUAUCAUAUCAUGAAGAUGGAAAUCGUCAGUUACACGACUCGGACGACGAAAGAUACAUGAUCGACAUGAUGGUAUAUCGUGAGUUACAUAAGCCAGACAAGAAACGCGAUAUUCCCCGGUGGACAUCUUCAGACUACCCAGGGACAGAUGACCUGAGUCACGAAGCGGUGAAUCGAGACGACCCGCCUUCCGACGACUUCCUAUACGUAUUACCUUCGAUUAUCAAGGGCUUUAACCUUAAGAAGAAGAAAUGGUUGGAUCUAAAGGUCGAUAAUUUAGGCGAAGUAGUAUGGAACGAGACGGCUUUUGAGAGGCUUGUUCUUGAAGAGAAGACUAAGAAGUUGAUUCUGGCUCUCGUCAGCGAUCAGAUAGAAUCUAAGAGGUCAACAGAUCUCAUAAGCGGCAAAGGGAAUGGUUUGAUCAUGUUGCUCCAUGGAGGUCCCGGCACAGGCAAGACUCUGACCGCCGAGAGUGUGGCCGAGAUUGCCCGGAAGCCACUCUAUCCUGUUACUUGUGGUGACAUCGGAACGGAGCCGGAAGGUGUCGAGAAUUAUCUCGAGUCCGUUCUACAUCUCGGAAAGACCUGGGGGUGUGUUGUCCUACUCGAUGAAGCCGACGUAUUUCUUGAACAGCGCAGUCUCCAGGACCUCCAUCGAAAUGCGCUAGUAUCCGUGUUCCUCCGAGUACUCGAAUAUUAUGAGGGGAUAUUGGUUUUGACGAGUAAUAGAGUCGGUACCUUCGACGAAGCGUUCAAGUCGCGCAUCCAAUUGGCUAUUCACUACAGCGAUUUGACCUUUUAUGAACGCUCUAAGAUCUGGGAAAAUUUUAUCUCACGCUUGCAAGACUUUGAAGAAGAGGAGAUAGAUGCUGCUGAUCUAAAAGAUCACAUCAAGGACUUGGCCCAGUUUGAGAUGAACGGAAGGGAGAUCCGAAACGCCAUCACGAAUGCACGGCAGUAUACCCGAUGGGAACGAAAGCAGCAGCAAAAUCCAGAGAAUUGCAAGCUUGAUUAUGCAAAGAUCAAGCUUAUCAUUGAUACUGCUAGCAAGUUUGACGACUACAUCAAAAAGCUGAACGGAGGAUAUAAUUACAUCGCGGUAGAUGAGGGGCUAAGGCUUGAAGCUUGA